AUGGCCCUCUCCCAACCCCCCGUGCGCCUCACAUCGCAAAAGAACUUCACAUACCGACUCGUCCUGGCAACUCUCACCGGUAGACCAGUACAGAUCUCCCAAAUCCGCUCCAACUCACCUUCAAACCCCGGUCUCGCCCCGCACGAAAUCUCAUUCUUGCGUCUUCUCGAAGCCAUCACCAAUGGCUCCCAAAUGGAGAUUUCAUACAGUGGUACCAUUGUGGUCUACAAGCCAGGUUUGAUUACCGGCAGCGCCGCAGGAUUGGGCACGACGAGUAAUGGUGUCAUAAAGCAUGAGAUACCGUCGAAUUGUACGCGGGGAAUCAGCUACUUUUUGAUUCCGUUGUGUCUUCUUGCACCGUUCUCCAAAGCCCCGAUGAAUGUGCUCUUUACGGGACCCGGUGUGAUUACCUCUGCGACACCGACGGGAGAUAUCUCGGCUGAUGCGGUGCGAAUGGCGAUUUUGCCGUUAUACAAGAUGUUUGGAAUCUUUAAUAAUAUCGAGCUUCGCAUAAUGCAGCGAUCGAAUCCCGGUCACAAUGGGAAAGGUGGUGGUGGAGAGGUGCAAUUGGUCUUUGGCCAUCAGGUGCGAUUACCGAAGACGUUGCAUUUUAUGAACCCCGGAAGGAUAAAGACGGUUCGCGGAGUGGCGUAUUCGACCGGUGUAUCGGCCUCAAAUAAUGCGCGUAUGAUUCAGACUGCGAGGGGAGUGCUUAAUCCCCUGGUGCCUGAUACGUAUAUUGCGUCUGAUGCGUCAUCGGCACCGCUUGUUCCUGCGCCUGAGAAAUCGAACCCAGGCGGAAAGAAAAAGGUAGGUCUGGGUUUUGGAUUGUUCCUUGUCGCUGAGUCUUCGACUGGUUGUUUGUUUUCUGCGGAUAUUGCUUCGCCGCCGGAUGGAGGUGUACCGCCCGAGGAUAUUGGUAAACAAUGCGCAUAUCAAUUACUGGAAACAAUCUCAAAGGGUGGCUGCGUCGCGCCUGCAGCUGCGCCCACGAUGUUAAUGCUCAUGGCCAUGGGGUCGGAGGAUGUUGGACGAUUACAGCUUGGAAGAGAGGUGAUUGGAGACGAAGCAAUGGUUCAAUUUGCGCGCGAUUUGACUAAAUUCGGAGCUGCUGGAUGGGGUAUUCGAGAUGCGCCUGGAGAGAACCAUGAGGGUGAUGUUGUUGUCAGUGUUGUUGGGAAAGGUAUUGGAAAUGUCGGACGGAAGAUUGCUUGA